AUGGGCGCCGGUGAUGGUCCCCGACGCGGGGACCGCCCGUUCAAGGACAUGGACGACGACUAUGACGCGUCAUCGCGGCGGAGCGCCGACGAGGAGGCCCAGUUCCUGGCCGAUGGAGAAGAGGGCUACGAGCUCGAGGAGAGCACAUCCAGCACGCCCUCACUCCUCUCGCAGCAAAAGUUCGGCCCUCACGUCCCCCGGAAGCGGCACUGCCUCGCCGGGCCCCAGCCGCCGCGCGUACACACCAUCCGGCCCGUCCUGCCCGCCGUCCAGGAAGCACCCCCGCGCCUACUUGACCUCGUCGCGCCGACGUCGCGCCGGAAGGCCGUCGUCGUCGCCGUGUUCCUGGCGCUGUGGGCCGUCGCCUUCUCCGUUCCGCUCGCGUCAUCCAGGCGGAUCAGGGACGGCGCCGGCAGGGACGUCAUCAACCUGGACUGCAGCGACACCCUCUGGCGCUUCAAGAACGGGUGCGGCCUGGACGGCGCCGACUGCCGCCCCUUUACGAAUUCUUCUUUUGCGUUCCGGUGCCCGGCCAACUGCAUGGCCCACAAGCUCUUGAACCCGCACGCCGUCGGUGACCGGGAGAUUGUGUACCGGCCGCUGGUCGUAGGCGACGGCAUCUACCGCGGCGACUCCAUGAUCUGCGCCUCGGCGAUCCACGCGGACAUCGUGACGGACCUCAGCGGAGGCUGCGGCCGGCUCCACCGCGUCGGCCGGCACCAAGGGUUCAACAGCUCGACCAGGAACGGCGUCGAGACGGUCCCCUUUGACUCGUACUUCCCGCUGUCGUACAACCUCACCGCCGACCCGUCCCUCCAGUGCGGCAAGCGGGAUCCGCGCCAGGUCCUCCUCCCGACGUCCAUGUUCUUCACGUCCGUCUUCUCCCUCUUCACGACGAGCCCCGCAUGGCAGUUCUUCGUCUCCUUUGUCGGCAUCUUUGCCCACGUCAGCUUCGGCUCCGACCCGCCCACGGCUUCGCACCACGCGGCCUCCGUCCUGCCGGACCGCAUCUCCAAGUUCGCCGGCCGUCUGCUCCCGGCCCUCUUUUGCGCCGCCGUGCUCUUCCGCGUCUGUGUCAGGCGGACUCUACAGGACCUGCGGGCGCAGUUUGAAAAGACGGCGCUCUGGUUGGGCGGGUUCUGGUUCGGCGCCCUGUCCAACUACACGUUUGGCUGGAUGCCGAUCCAGCGCCUCACGGCUCACGACAUUGAGCACCAGCCCGGCGCCAAGCCGGCGCUGGCCCUUAUCCUCAUCGUCCUGACCUUUGUCAUGGCGAAGCAGGUCUACUUCUUCUGGCUCGAGGGCAGGCUGCCCCGGUUCCUGGCGCUGUACGCGCUCUUCCUGGCCGGCGUCGUCAUCGGCGUCUCGAUCCCGGGCGUCGACCUCCGCGUGCACCACUACAUCAUGGCCUUUUGCCUGCUCCCGGGCACCAGCAUGCAGACGCGGACGUCGCUGUUUUACCAGGGGAUGCUGCUGGGCCUCUUUGUCAACGGCAUCGCGCGCUGGGGCUUCGACUCGGUUCUGCAGACGCCCGACGAGCUGCGCGAGGACGGCCCGUUCAACUCGCUGCUCCCGCAGAUUGCCAACCCAAUCUUCUCGACGGGCUCGUUUGAGCCCAGCGUGACCAUCAGCUGGCUUAUGCCGCCCAACGUCGCCGCCGAGUUUGACGGUAUCAGCGCGCUUGUCAACGACGUGGAACGGUUUCGGUAUUACUUUGCCGAUGGGCCCGACGACAACGAGUUUGUGUGGAUGAGGAAGGCCAAGAUGGCGCUUCCAGAGUAUUUUCGAUUUGCAUAUAUGAAGGAUGGUGUGACGUUAGACUAUACAGGGGCCGGGACGUGGUUCUCCAACGGGUCGUGGGCGAUGCCCUCGCGGUAG